CAGAGCAGUGUUGGGGGUUCUGAUGCCCCGUUCGGACCCGGUGGCCAUGGUGGCGCCGGGGGACCCGCGGCGGCUCUGUCGGCUGGUGCAAGAAGGCCAGCUGUGCGCCCUGCAGGAGGAGCUGCAGGGGGCCGGGCGCGCCGGCUGCCGGGGGCCGGCCGGGGACACCCUCCUGCACUGCGCCGCCCGUCACGGGCGUCGUGACGUCUUGGCCUAUCUGGCCGAGGCCUGUGACAUGGACAUCGAGGCCGCCAACCGAGACUACAAGCGGCCUCUGCACGAAGCUGCCUCCAUGGGCCACCGGGACUGCGUGGUGUACCUGCUCGGCCGUGGAGCCGCGGUCGACUGUCUGAAGAAGGCCGACUGGACUCCUCUGAUGAUGGCUUGCACGAGGAAGAAUCUCGAGGUGAUCCAGGUCCUUGUGGAACAUGGUGCCAAUCCGCUUCUGAAGAACAAAGAUGGCUGGAAUAGCUUCCACAUUGCCAGCCGAGAAGGUGACCCUUCCAUUCUCCAGUAUUUGCUCACCGUUUGCCCAGCUGCCUGGAAGACAGAGAGCAAAAUUGGCAGAACACCUCUGCACACGGCAGCAAUGCAUGGCUGUUUAGAUGCAGUAAAGGUGCUUCUUCAGAGGUGUCAGUAUGAACCAGACUGCAGAGAUAAGUGUGGCCUCACACCCUUUAUGGAUGCAAUUCAGUGUGGACACAUCAACAUAGCCAGGCUGCUCCUUGAAAAACAUAAGGCUUGCGUUUCUGCUGAGGAUUCCCUGGGGGCCCAGGCUGUCCACAAGGCCGCAGUCACGGGGCAGACUGAAGCCGUCCGAUUCUUGGUCUCUGAACUUGGCGUUGAUGUAGAUGUGAGAACAACAUCCACCCACCUCACAGCACUUCAUUACGCAGCUAAGGAAGGACAUGUGAGCACAGUUCAGACACUAGUAACUUUGGGUGCUGACCUCAACUCUAAAGAUGAAAGAAACCGAUCAGCCCUGCAUCUGGCCUGCGCGGGUCAGCACGUGGCGUGUGUCGAGUUUCUUCUGCGGUCUGGGCUAAGGGACUCUCCAGACAUCACGGGCACCCUGGCUCAGCAGCUCACACGGAGCACAGACAUCCUUCAGUGCUUCAGCUGCAGCGUGAGGACGUGAGGGUGUUUCUGAACAAAGGCAGUGAAACGCCUGGUGACUUACAUCCUGCUGCUUGAGUCAUCACUGGGUCCGGUGAGGUGGUGGCUAGCCCAUGUCCUCUGCCACACCCCCCACCUCGCACUCUCCACGCCAGCUGAGGAUUCCCAGAGGACAUGGACGCUGGCUUCCGGGUGGGAGGACGGGCACCUGGGCUCCCGAACGCACUUAGACUCUCCUUCACCUGCGCAUUGCACUCUUUGCACUCUGCACGUGGACUUCCUGGAUCUUUGUGCGGUGGUGUCUGGGCUCCUAGAGAAGCACGUGGCGUGUGUGAAUGUAAUGUAGUACACGUAUGUAUAUAUUUGUAUGAUAUGUGAGAUAGAUGUUUUAUAGUAAAUAUUAUGUGGUGAGGCAACGAUCAUGUUAAAAAUAGAAGAAAUUGCUAUUAGCUUGAGCCAUUAAUCAUAAUUGUCCUAUUUACUUUUUCUUUCAUAUGCAUUUCUUGGCCAUGGGUUUAGCUUUUGGUUUUGUACCAGGAAAUAAGUGCUUAUAAUCUGUUUUAUUUAAACAGGCAUUUAUAAAAAAUUAAUUAUAAAUUCUGUAUUCUAAGCACUGCUGUUUAAGCUAUGUUUUGAUCCUGAAGUGAUUAUUUUUUAUUAGACAAGUUCUGUAUUGGCUCUCUUCAUGUAAUAAAUACACAUAAAAAA